GUAAGUGACGACACUUUGGUAUUACAAAAGUUUUAAAUAGAUUUCUAACGUUUCUGACAAGACUCGACACUCGAGGCGACUCACUUCAUAGGAAUAUUUUUGAUUGCUGUAUUUAACAACGUAGUUCUCGAUAAACUAAUCCGAUAAGAUUUCUUUGUUUUCGAUAAUCAACAGUUCGUCUUCAAGGUCUCUAAAUGACCACGUGUAAUUUUUAAUAUUCUUCGACCAAUCCCUACUAGCCACUUGGGUGAUAAUUUUCGGCAGUAUAAAUAGACACCAUUAGAUCAAAAUUUUAGUUUGCUUUCCGUUCUGAAACUAUAAAGUUUACUUGUCACAAUGUUCGCAAAAGCAUUUAUUAUCGCGUCAUUCUGCGUGGCUGCUUCACUCCAGUGGACGCAAUUCAAAUCUUGUGGAGAUCCUACACACGAUCCUCAUCGUUUGAUAGUAGACGGUUGCAGCACUUUUCCGUGUGUAAUUCACACAAAAUACGGUGUUGCCGCACAAUGGGACUUUUUUGCAAGUAAAGAUACAGAAGUGUUGAAACCAAAAGCUGAAUUUUCAGUAGGUGGAAGUUGGUAUCUGCCAUAUCCAUUGGGUAUCGACGACGGAUGUCAAAAUCUUGUCAGUAGAAGACAGUGUCCUUUGGAAACAGGAGACGUAGCAACUUACAACCUUAAUAUGGACAUUCCAGCAGGAACCCCGCCAGGAGUGACUGUCUGGGUUAGAUUCUCACUAAAAGAUGAUAAUUACAAUACUCACAGUUGUUUCGAAGUCGAAUUCAGAACUGUGUAAGAUUAUUACAGUCUUGAUAACUAUAUUUGUUUGCGUAUUAUAAUUGACAUUCAAAAAAAUUUUGUGUAAAUGAUUGCUAUUUUUUUAAACAAAAUAUAUACUUGAAUAUCGCAUAAAA